AGGAGCCCCCGGAGCCCCCCGAGGAGGAGAGCGGGGGACAGUGGGUGGUGGCCGAGCUGGUGGCCCUGGAGCAGGAGCAGGCCCGGCUGGACGCGCAGGCCCCGGAGCUGGAGCGGGAACUGCGGACACUGAUGGACAGCGGCGCGGACCCCGCCCGCGAGGAGCGGCUGCUCCGGGAUUGGUUCUCGCUGGUGCAGCAGCGGAAUUUGCUGGUGCGGCGACAGGACCAGCUGCAGCUGCUGGCGCAGGAGCGGGACCUGGAGCGGCGCUUCGAGCUCCUGAGCCGGGAACUGCGGGGGCUGCUGGGGACAGAGGAGUGGCAGAAGCCCCCGGCCCAGCGCCAGCGCGAGCAGCUCUUACUGGAGGAACUGGUGGCACUGGUGAACCGGCGGGACCGGCUGGUGCGGGACCGGCACCGCCGCGAGACCAGGGCGCAGGAGGAGGAUGAGGAGCUGGAGCGGAGCCUCGACCCCCGGCGCCGCCGCUUCGGCCGCAGGGAAACGUGCGGGAUCUGCUGAGGGACCCCCGGAACUCCCCCCGGGACCCCCAAAACCCCGGGACACCCCCCGGGACCCCCAAAACCCCGGGACACUCCCCAGGACCCUCAAACCCCCCCAGGACCCCCGCGGGAGCCCACCGGUACCGUCCCCGAUCCCGGCGGACGCGGCAAUAAAGGAG